UUCUGUGAAAAUCUCCAAGCGAAAAGAAAAACGUAUUCACAAAUCCUUUGCAGCUAGUGGAUGUGCCGGAGAUGGAGUAUUUCGCCAGUCAAAACACUGGGGAGGUGUGCGUGCGCGGACUAACGUAUUCCACGGUUAUUACAAAGAUCCCGAGAAAACUGCUGAGGCUGUUGACUCUGAAGGCUGGCACAACACGGGCGAUGUGGGCAUGUGGCUUCCAAAUGGCACGCUGCGCAUAAUCAAUCGUCGCAAACACAUUUUCAAGCUAAGCCAGGGCGAAUAUAUUGUACCGGAGAAAAUUGAGAAUAUUUACACUCUGAGCCAAUAUGUAAAUCAGGUGUACGUUUACGGAGAGAGCCUUAAGAGCUGCAUCAUAGCCGUCGUCGUGCCUGAUGUGGAUGAUCUCAAGCAGUGGGCGAACGACAAUCGCGUCAAGGGCACACUUUCGGUGCUAUGCAACAAUCCACAAGUAAAAGAACUCAUCAGGAGCGAUAUGCUGAAUUGGGGUAAUCAGAGCGGACUGAAAUCCUUCGAACAGGUCAAGGAUAUAUAUUUGCAUCCCGAUCCGUUUUCGGUACAAAAUGGACUACUCACACCAACAUUCAAAGCGAAGCGGCCACAAUUGAACAAAAAAGUGCGAGAAACCCCGUAGAGGAGUUAGAAGUAAAAUGCGAACAAUUUUAAACUUUAUGCGAAAAUAGAAAAAAACAUGAAAUUGCUAUUUAUUUAAUUAGGCAUCAAUUUAAAUUUCUGUAAAAUAGAUAUUUUAAAUACCGGCAUAAAAGCAAACUAUUACCAUUUUAGCCAAAACUAU